AUGGCUACUCUCAUUCAAAACGGGGUCCAGAUAGCCUUCGGCAUCGAGCUCGAGCUCCUACUUCAGGCAAAAGACAAAAGGCUAAGUGACCUUAAGCGUCUUGGAUAUGUAGACAAUGACAAGGAGCACAGAUCCGAACUCGGCCGGGGUAUGAAUCAACAGGCAAUCGAAAAGUACAUCCAACAACGUCUCGAUGCGGUCCAGCUUCCUUCUCAACAACGUCGAAACAAAAUGGCGCAGAAGGACUACAGCUUGUGGGGCAUUGAGAAGGAUGAGUCCAUCACCAAAAAGAAAAUUGGAUGCUAUGGCGUUGAGUUGGUUUCUCCGGUUUUAUUUCACGGUUGGCCGAACACUCUGGAACAGGUCAUCGACAUUAUCAAAGAUGCCUUCACAAUCGUCGAGGACGCCUCCACGGGGACGCAUGUUCACAUCGCUCCGCUCGGUAGGCCAUGGUCCGACGCCGAAUUCAAACAGCUCAGCAAGGGCAUUGUCGCUUGGUCCACCUUGCUCGAACCUUUGAUGCCUCGUCCAUCGCGAAAUUGUUAUGCGAGAUGGAACCACGAACAAUGGCCGGACAGAAAACAGCAAGAGAACAUCAUCAUGUCGAUUGAUCGUCUUUCACGGGACGAGAUCAAGCACAAAAUCUCUCUGGACCGAAGAUAUGCUUGGAAUCUCUAUCCGACCGACACAAUCGAGUUCCGCCGUCCAUACCAGACACUGUCCCACAAGGAAGCCUUACAUUGGGUCGUCCUAACGCUUAGUUUAGUCUCCUUCUUCUUGCGGAACGGCGAACUACAAGUGCCACAACAAAACGAUAUCAAGGCUGCCAGGGAGAAGAUUAGAAAAGAGUCGAAUAAGCUUGGCCUUGCUCUCCACCUGAAUUUCAGCUUCUGCAAAUAA